AUGAAUCCGGAACGCUCUAGUUACGCUCUGGACUUGAAAACUGCCAGGCAUAUUAGAUUUUUUCCUGGAUUCACUGGGAUUCUCGGGGAAUCUGGAUUACAUGACUUCGCAGCUUUCGUUAGCGAGCGACAUAUGUGCUCGGACAAUCGCACACGUGUUGUGGCAAUGGCUGCGAACGUUGAGGAGAAGCGACUGACACUUGCCACCAGAAGGUCGCUCAUAAACUACCGUAUACCACAUUUCCAAACAUCCCGUGAAUCCAAACAAGACGGUGUGAUUCGACGGGCUGGGAUUCGUUUUAAGCUCGAAGGAACAUCGUUAUGGAGAAGAUUUCAUGCACUUGGGACAGAAAUGAUAGUGACGAAGAGUGGUCGGCGAAUGUUCCCUGUCCUGAGCAUUUCGAUAAGCGGUCUGGAACAUGCGGCAAAUUAUUCGCUGAUGGUUGACAUGGAAUGUGUGGACAGCAAACGUUAUCGUUAUUCUUUUCAUCAAAGCAAAUGGACAGCAACUGGUCCUGGAGAGGCGGAGCUACCGUGCAGAACAUUUGUUCAUCCAGACAGCCCGGCUAGCGGAGCACAUUGGAUGAAAGGCAGCAUCUCAUUCGACAAAAUCAAACUUACAAACAAUCAAUUGGAUCAAAACGGACAUAUUAUCGUGAACUCAAUGCAUCGAUAUCUUCCUCGGAUUCAUUUGAUUCGUCAUGGUGGUGGAGAAAGAAAAGACGAUGGAGAUAGCGGGAAUUAUCAGGAUAGCAGUAUCACAGUAACAUUCGAGGAAACUUCGUUCAUCGCCGUAACAGCAUAUCAAAAUCACAGGAUCACCUCGUUGAAGAUCGAAUCGAAUCCGUUUGCCAAAGGUUUCCGUGAAUGUGAACUGGACGAUCCACGCAUCUUACCGAAAAAAAAAACAAUGCGGCGGAUGGAACGGACAAUAGCGUUUAUUUUCACUUUUGUCGUAUUAGUGUAUCUUUUAUGCAAAUCUCUUCCUGACAGUGAACCUAAAAAAUUCGCUGAGAUGAUAAGAGAUCCUAAAAAGCAAGUUGUUAUUUAUGCUGCUACGAAAUUCUUCGGAAUGGACAUCACUACGGAACGUUUUCUCUCCGUUUGCAAAUCGACAACGAGUUCCUGUCGUAUCACGGAAAAUCCGGCCGAGAUCGACAAAGCGGAUGCGAUUCUAUUCCACAACGCCGACUAUAGGCAGGAAUCCGCACCGAAACCGCGAAAACUCUCGAGACCACAUGUUUUGUGGAGUCUUGAAAGUCCUACGAAUGAUCGUUUCCGUCCAGCUCCACACGUGAUUAACUGGACAAUGACCUUCCGACGUGAUGCGGACAUUUGGUAUCCUUACGGACAUUUUCGUAAACUAGAGAGGAACAGAUCGGUGGACCUCAAUGCUAUCUGGAAUAUGAAAAACCAGGAAAAAAUGGCGACAUGGUUAGCGUCCAACUGCAAAACCUCCAAUUCAAGAUCUGAAUUAGUUAAUGCAAUGCAAAAAUCAGGAUUAAAGGACCACUGUUUCAGGGAUACAUUUCCGAUUGAUCGCUAUGGAACAUGUGGAUUUCCCGCUCCAGGAUGUGAAGGAGUGAAUAAACAAAGUGAUUCCUGUGUCACACAGCUUAUAAGGCCAUACAAAUUCUACAUAUCGAUUGAAAAUUCGAAUUGUGCAGACUAUGUCACAGAAAAAUUCUAUGAGGCUCUAAUAACUCGAAUGACUGUGCCAAUAGUUCUGAAAAGGAAAACUUAUAUUGACGUUGGAGCACCUCCGAAUUCUUUCGUCGCCAUAGAUGAUUUCGCUAGGAUAGCUGAUAUGGUAAAAUUUUUAAACGAGGCGGCUGCGGACAAAAACAAAUAUCUCCAAUUUCAUAAAUGGAGGACGUCUUAUGAAGCAUUACCGGAACAUCACGAUGACACCGGUUUCUGCGAACUAUGUCGCCGACUUCAACAAAAUCAAUUCAACUCUAAAUCUUAUGCGGAUGUGCAAGGAUGGCAUGAAAAGGAUCAAUGUGAAAAUAACUAUGGCCUAAAGUACUUGACUACGUAG